CCCGGCGCGCCAUCCCUGUCCUCCAGUCUGUACUCGCUUGGCUCCACCCGCGCUCCUGCUCCUACAAAUCACGCUCCCUCCCACCGUCUUCUCCCCCCGCCUCAUCAUCCCUAAUCACGCACACAGUGCGGCGCCGCCUCGCCCUGGGGGGAGAUCGUGCGAUACGGCGGCAUGGACAGGUACAGGAUCGCGCCGGCGCGGCCGGUCUGCCUCUCCGCCGCCGGCGGGGCGCACCUCCGCCCGGCGGCGCUGUCGUCGGGGCGCCGGUCGGGCGAAGCCGAGAUAGGCAUCUUCACGGCCGAGCGAUACUUCAGAGCGGCCGACGUCGUCCGGCGCGACGCCGCCGUCAUCCCCGCCGCGCCGACGCCGGCGAUCCCUGGUCACGAGCUGCCGCGGCUGUCCGUCCCGGCGGCGGACGCGGCCAGCCAGAGCGGGCGCACCGCCGCGUCGUCCGAGGCCAGCUGGAACAGCCGGUCCGGGCUGCUGUCCGUGGCCCACCACUCGGCCGCGGCAAGGCAGCAGAAGGCGGCCGGUGCCGGCGCGGCGUACGGGAGCGAUCAGGGUUACCAGCGCGGCAGGAAGACGGGCGGUGGUUCUGGCCAGCGAUGGACGCUGUUCGGCCGCGACUGCCCCUGCGCCGGCAGGAAGGCGGUCACCGUCGACGUCGCGUCCGAGCCGAGGAGCCCGGCGGCCGCGCAUUUCAACGCCAGGUUCAGCCCGCAGUCCGCCGUCGAGGAGUGCCUCGAGAGCGACAUCUUUAAGGCGAAGCACCCGUCUCCUCCAAAAGCUGCAGCAGGUGAUCACCAGGAGCCCGCCAAAGUGAAGGUCACCGUAACGCCGGGGAGCCGCGCGUUCCCUCUUGCCGCUGACAGCGUCUUCGCGGCGGGGCCAAACCGGAACGCGGACGGCGUGGAGUUCGCCGCUUACAAGGCGGAGGUCGACCGCCGCGUCGUGACCUCCGGGGGGUUCACGUUCCCAACAGCGCUCGCCGCGGGGAGGUUCGUGCGCGGUGGCGUGUUGGACGAGCCGCCGCGCGUGUCGCUGGAGGUGUUCCGCCCCAUCGACGAGGACUCGGUGAUGCUCGCGGACCCUCCGCCCACCAUGCCACUGGCGGGCCGCGCCGGGCUGCUCCCGGCGCGCGCUCCGCCGCCGGCGGACGAGGAGGCGAUGAGCGACGCGAGCUCGGACCUGUUCGACCUGGAGAGCUUCGCGGCGUCCUCGUCGUACCCGACCACGUACCGCGGGCGGGGCAGCCGCCGCAACUCGGCCGACGACGACCUCCCCUACGGCUCCGCGGCGGCGGCCGCCGCCGCCGAGCCGGCGCUGAGCGAGUGCAUGUACCCGGCGAGCGAGGCGAGCGUGGUGUGGAGCGUGGUCACGGCCGAGGGCGGCGCUUUCGACGCGGCCAGCGUGGCCAACUUCUCCAGCGCGGCGUCCGCGUGCUGCGUCGACGACCUCCGCUACAUGGUCCCGGAGUCCCCCGAGGCCGGCUUCACCGCCGCCAUGUCCCGCAGCGCCGGCCGCAAGAAAAGCGGCGGGUUCCUGAACAGCUGCCGGUGCGAGAAGGCGGUCAGCGUCGGGCCGACGCCGGUGCGGGUGGUCCGGCCGCCGCCGGCGCACCCGGGCGCGGCCGCCAGGAAGAUGGGCGGUGACGGCGCGGCACGGUACCACUCCGGCCGCGGCCGCGCACACGUGCCGGUCCGGACGUGACACGCCGUCGACUAGCCGACCGGCGGUGACGGCGCUAGUGAGCUACGUACAUGCGCGGCGCGCACGAGGUUGUCAUCUUUUGUCGGUAGAUCUUGCAAAUGAAUAUGAUGC